CUGGGGAUGGGGCACGUGGAGCCGAUGCGUGGGGUGUAGGCGGGAUGGAGAUGAGAGUGGAGGUGACUUGGGCAGGGAGCUAGUUGGGCCUGGGGUGAGGCGAGGGGAGUGAGCCGGCGAGGGAGGGGGUAAUGGGGGGGGGGGGGGAGUGAGCCUUCCUGCUGGCUUCCGGCUUUCUGGCCCCAUCUGGCUCUUAGUGAUUCCAGAGCAAAUUAGCUCUCUUUAUGGGUGAAUUGAUGUUUUUGCUCCCUGAGUUUCUCCUGUGGUCUGGAAGUCACCUGGGUUUUUUGGGGUUAGUCAGGAAUGCCAGAGAUUCUGCAGUCAUUCAGGAGGCCUUGGUGGGCCAGAGAGCAAUCCGGCCCAUUAUGCUGUGUUGACUGGGCAGGACGAAUAUAGUAAUUGUAAUAAAUCUUCUUUUUGUCAGCCAAAUAAGCGUGAAUGUCUCCAAAUAUGCAUGGAGAACAGCUGGAGUAAGGAGGCAGUAUUUUAACAUACUGACUUAUUUGCUACUAUCUGGUUUUCUUUGGCUAGUUUUUUGUUCUGAUCAUAGUUAUGGGCCCAUCACUGGGUAUGUCUACAUUGCAUAUCUGAGCUAACUUUAACCUAUCUAGCUCAGGUAUAGGAGUAGUGAAGCUGCAGCAGCCCAGGCUUCAGCAUGAGAUAGCUACCUGAGUAAUUACCCAGAGUUCUGGAUGGGCUUGUCCAGCCUGCACUGAAGCCUAACCUGCUGUGAUUUCGCUUCCAGUACCCAAGCUAGGUAGGUUAAAGCUAGAUCAUGUGUGUCUACAGGAGCUACAGUCACACCCUGUGAUGCAGUGUAGACAUGCCCACUGUGUCCUGUUGAUUCACCUGGGUCUUCAGUGCAGACAAGACUUUGUAGGAAGACUGUGAAAAUGUUUUUCAGCAUUAUUAGUACUAGUUCACCAGUAAGCAAUCUUAGGAGACCUAAUGUAGCUAGGCCAUGAGUGCUGCUGUUUUAAGCACCAUGUUAUGUCUGGUUUGAGCAGGGUUGGAUUAAAUGUUGCUUAAAAUGCAAAUAACCUGGCCACACUAGGGCUCUGCAUGUUGCUGACGCUGGCAGAGAUGGAUGGUGGCACGUUUUUGGAAAAUUUCUUUAAUAUAGGCACGUCUAUUCAUGCGCUUGGGUGGGGAUAAGGUAGUUCAUUAGGUCUGUUUGCAUUCCCCAGCCCUCCCCAUCUUCCAUUCUCCCCCUGCUGCUCUGUUUUGUCCUGCAGUUACUGUUCUGGUUGAAGAAAUAACUUAGUCUACAUGUGCUUCAGUAUCCAUUGGAAGAAUGACAGAUGACAAAGAUGUGCUUCGAGAUGUGUGGUUUGGACGAAUACCAACCUGCUUCAUGCUGUAUCAGGAUGAGAUAACUGAAAGGGAAGCUGAACCUUAUUAUUUGCUUUUACCUAGAAUAAGCUACUUGACGCUGGUAACGGACAAAGUGAAAAAACACUUUCAGAAGGUUAUGAGACAAGAAGAUGUUACUGAGAUAUGGUUUGAAUAUGAAGGCACACCGCUGAAAUGGCAUUUUCCAAUUGGAUUGCUAUUUGACCUUCAUGCAUCAAAUACAGCUCUUCCUUGGAACAUCACAGUACAUUUCAAGAAUUUCCCAGAAAAGGACCUACUGCACUGUCCUUCUAAAGAUGUGAUUGAAGCUCAUUUCAUGGCUUGUGUAAAGGAAGCGGAUGCCUUAAAGCACAAAAGUCAAGUCAUCAAUGAGAUGCAGAAAAAGGAUCAUAAACAGCUCUGGAUGGGGUUACAGAAUGACAAAUUUGACCAAUUUUGGGCCAUAAAUCGGAAACUCAUGGAGUAUCCUCCAGAAGAUAGUGGAUUUCGCUACGUCCCAUUUAGAAUAUAUCAGGUAACAACGGAACGACCUUUUAUACAGAAGUUAUUUCGUCCGGUUGCUGCAAAUGGGCAGCUAAAUACACUGGGAGAUCUCCUAAAAGAAGUUUGUCCUGCUGCAAUUACUCCUGAAGAUGGAGAAAAGAAGAAUCAAGUGAUGGUUCAUGGAAUUGAGCCGAUGCUUGAGACACCAAUACAGUGGCUAAGUGAACAUAUGAGCUAUCCUGAUAAUUUUCUUCACAUUAGUAUUAUUCCCCAACCUACAGAUUGAAGAAUCAACUGUAUCAGAUAUAAGGAUUAUCCUCAGGCUGGAUUUACCAGGGCAUGUCAACCUUUUACUUAUGUCAGGCUUGGUGGAGGCAACCUGACCAGAAAAACCUCACUGCUGCGAGCCAAACAGGAAAAAAGAUCUCAUCACUAGAUAAGGACAAUUGGGCUGGUCUUAGUUUGCAUCACCACUGCUUUUCUCCACUGCCAUCAUUAAACCUCAGUUGUGACAUGAAAGACUUUACAGGACCAUUGAAAGUCUGCUGUUUUCUUGUAAAAUAUAAUGAAGCUGAAACUAUUAGCCUGAAGAGCAAAUGGAAAUAUGUGCCACUUGAUUUGUAUUUCUGAUUAACAAAUAAAAAAGGGGUUUUCCUAACAUGACAAUAUUUCAGCUUUGUUUAGAGUGGAAACAUUGGUUUAAUUUUCUAGAAAAUUAGCUACCAAGUGAAAUUAUGUUAUGAAUAACUUCUAGUAACUUUUUGUAAAAGAUCAAGUUACAGUAAACCCAUCUUUCCUUAAUAGGAAUUUCAUAUGUUUACAGUAUGUCAAUUGGUAUGAAAACUGUCUUCAACUUUGAUAACCAGCAGUGAGAAAUUUUUAAAUAAAACUUCUGAGCAUAUUUUGUCAUUUAAGAACAUACACAAUUUAGCCGCAAGCAUUUUUGAUUUAUAUGCAGUUUGUCACUGAAUAUACCCUGGUGUAUGUUUAUCAUUCAGACUAGUUUUCAGUGGAAUAGUAAUGGUGUAGGAUAAUUUGCUCAGGAUCUGUUGUGGCAUUCUUCUGAUAAUUUAAAUUUUUUUUCUGAGAGAAUUUUUUCUUUAAUCAGUAAAAGUGUAAAAGAAUGUUGCAGAUUAUCAUACCAUUCUAUUUAUUCCCAUAGGUUAGAAGUUGGUUAAAUCAUAAUAUGAUACACAGAUGUACUGUUUUUGAUCAAUUUUGAAUAUUGGAAAAUUGAGCCUUUUCUGAGCUAGUUCUCAUUGUGAGUUCAGUUUCCUAAUGUAGUUCCAUGGCAAUCAGCACGUGAAGUAUCAAAAUUUUAUAAUCUCAUUGCAAUAGAUUUUGCUUAAUUUACCAAAUAUAUUUAUCGGUUAAUGGAACUCAUGCUUCAAUUUUUGUAAAUUUUUAUUACAUUACAUCAUUGCAGUUGCUACAACGAUCCUACCUUUUUUAUUGUAUUUUAUAUAGCAUUCAUCUUGUCAUGAGCCAUAUUACUCUGUCUGCUUAUUCUUGCUGCAGACAAGGGUAUGUUGUAAGCAUAUUGUGAUGUAAAUGUUUUCAUAAAAAGAAAACAUUUGCAGUUAUUACUGAAAUUUUGACUUGCAAAUGGCCUUAUAGCUCAUACUGCUCUCUGCCCCCACUCCCUCCCAGUCCUCUUUUUAGGAGCACUUACCUGUAUUUGAGUAAAAAAACCAAACUCAUACACAAAGACAGGAGAGAAACAACAUUGACCUGAAGUGAAUAUGAGGACAGAAAAACCAGAAAACCCUAAAGGAAAAAGUCAGUAUGACCAAGAGUAAAAUAGAAACAAACAGGAUUUUUUUUUAACAGUGUACUUAAAUGAGGAAAUAUAAUUAAGGAAAGUCAAGGAAUAGUGAAAUAGCUAUAUUCUUAAUCUGUGGAUUUGUAGGGAUUAAAAAACUGAAAAAAUAUGUUGACCUAUGUUUUAUUCAGAAUGGAUAUAUAGUUCAUUUAUGGCUGGACAAUUUUGUUGAAGGAUUCUAGUUUCCAUUUAUGUUUGGAGUUUUCUCCACAAUAUUUUGACUGAUUUCUUUCAAAUUUUCUCAAGUGAAGGUGUCUAAAUAUCCUGGAGAAAUUCAAAGUACUGCCAAAGGGGAGAGCAAAUAUUUUGUAGAGCAUUAGUAUAAAAGGAAGGCUUGUAGGCACUGGUAUAAUAUAAUUUUUCUGUUAAUGCGGCAAAAUAAACUUCAAGGGAGGCUGCGCAUUAAAUGAGCUAUGAAGACUGUUUUGUCUGUUUAAAAAUAAAUGGUAUUAAGCCACUGCCAGUCUUUACACAUGCUCUGUUUAUGACACCAGCAUUUUAAAUGUAUGGGUCUCUUCUCAAGGCCCUUACUCAGUAGUAAGUCAAGCCUCUAAAACCUGGUAUGGAACAAAGACAAAAAUGUAAUGCUUGGCUUUGAUAUAUUGUUUCUUUUUAUUUUAACUAUUUCAACCUUACAGUUUAUUAAAAAAUAAAAUAAA